AUGGGAGGGAAAAGUAGUGUGCCUAGCACACCACUUCAAUGUAUGUUACAAGGUUUUGAUCACUAUUUCAAUCACACCAAAUAUAAAGUGCCAUAUCCCCCAGUUUCUAAGGAUAGGCUGCGUUUCCUGUGUGAAGAUUGGUGGCCUCAUUUAGAUGUAGGCUGGCCCCCUGAGGGAACGUUUAAUACCCAGCUUAUUGAUGAUUUGACCUCACUGAUUGCAGCUAAUGAAGAAAAUUAUCCUAAUCAAUUCCAGUACAUAGACCAGUGGGGGGAUGCAGUAGCAGAAAGGGCAGAUGAUCUACUACAAUGCCAGGCUGAAAUGGUGCGUUUGUGUGUAGUUAGACCAAAAGGGAAAAAGUUGAAAGCAGUGGAGAAAAAAUAUAAGGAUGUGAAGAUCGCAGAAACAAAGCUGUCAGAUUUAAGGAAGGAGGUUUUGGUAGAAGAAGAGGAAGCAGUGCUCCGGCCCCCUCCGUAUGUGCCACAGCCACCACCCCCACCCCAGCCUGUGGCAGCACCUCCUCUGCUUCAGCCUGGGGCAGGGGCUGCGGCACAGGCUGAAGGCGUGCAAGCAGUGGUGAGAAGAAGGGGGGGAAAGUCUGUGCCGACUGCUCCUAAGGAAGAAAAGGGAGGGGUGAGAGAUCACCCUGGAGGGGAAGCUGAAGAGUUGUCUGAAGAGGGAAGUGAGGAGACUGAGAUUGCAGUCUCGACGGGAGUAAUGACCAGGUCUAAGGCAAGGAGAGGGGAGCUGCUUGCUCCCUUGAGACAGAUGGAUCAGCAUGUAAUGGAUCAGCAGGGAGCUGCACAGAUCAAAUCCAUUUUCCAAUACGUUCUGUUCACUACCACAGAUCUGUUGAAUUGGAAGCAGCAUUAUGGUCCUUUAACUGUUAAGCCAACGGAAAUGGCAGAUUUGUUUCAGACCAUUAUGCAAACUCACAAUCCCACGUGGCAGGAUAUUCAGCAGCUGUUAAAUACCUUAUUAACGCCUGAGGAAAAGGAAAAGUGGAGAGCGGCUGUUAGAACGUGUGUGAGGGAUAGGAAUCCAGCUGCCCAGGAUUUGCAAGCAGUGGUUUUGGCUAAAGCCCCAGAGACUGAUCCAGGGUGGAAUGUUCGUGAUGACGCCCACAUGACAGCGCUGAAAGAAUACCAGAAUCUGGUGGUGGAGGCGCUGCUAGCCGCGCCUGUGCAUAUUCGCCAGAGGUCAUGUUCUAAUGAGGCUAUAGUGGCAAUAUAUGAGAGUAUUCAAAGGUAUCUGAAGGCAGGGAUUUUGGUGCCUAUUCAGUCGCCUUGGAACACCCCCAUAUUGCCCAUUAGGAAGCCAGAUGGAUCCUACCGCCCGGUCCAAGACCUCCGGGUCAUCAAUUCCAUGACAGUGACCAUUCACCCUGUUGUGCCCAAUCCAUACACUUUAUUGAGCCUGAUUCCACCCAAAGCAGCGUGGUUUUCUGUUAUCGACCUGAAGGACGCGUUUUUCACGAUCCCAAUUCACGAGGCAAGCCAACCCUUGUUUGCCUUUGAAUGGGAAAACCCUAGGACUGGAUUGAAAUCACAAUACACUUGGACAAGGCUACCACAGGGUUUUAAGAAUUCACCUACCCUGUUUGGUACUGCCUUGGGAAAGGAUUUACAGCAUUUUGUGCCUCGGCAAAGGGGGGAUACCCUGUUGCAAUAUGUAGAUGAUGUGUUGGUCACAGGUCAGACAGAGGACACCUGUUGGGACAAUACAGCCUCCUUGUUGGGGUUGUUGUCCCAGUGUGGUUAUAGAGUGUCUAGGAAAAAGGCCCAAUUGGUGAAGCAGAAGGUGCGUUAUUUAGGGUAUGAUAUUGGGCAUGGACAUAGAGCCUUGGGAUGGGAAAGAAAGCAGGCAGUUUUGGCCAUAGCUGAGCCCACAAACCGGAGACAAUUACGAGGUUUUCUGGGCUUGGCUGGGUUUUGCCGUAUAUGGAUUCCAAAUUAUGCCCUUAUGGCAGCUCCGUUAUAUGCAGCUACAAAGGGGGGUGAACAUGAGUUGUUUUGCUGGGGGGGAGAACAGAAAAAGGCUUUUAGGGAUGUGAAGCUGGCACUUACGUCGGCUCCAGCCAUAGCUUUACCAAAUCUGGAAAAGGCUUUUAAUUUGUAUGUGGAUACUAGGGAUAAUGUGGCUUUAGGAGUCUUAACUCAACAACUAGGCCAGUGGCAACGGCCGGUAGCAUAUUUGUCUAAACAAUUGGAUGGAGUGGCACAGGGAUGGCCACAUUGUUUGAAGGUCCUUGCUGCUAUAGCAGUCUUGCUGCAGGACUGUAAUAAAUUGACCUUCUCAUGUCCUGUAAAUGUACACACUCCCCAUGCAGUGCAGGCCAUUCUAGAUAACAAAGGGCAUCUGUGGAUAAGCAAUCAAAGGCUUUUUAAAUAUCAAGCUCUAAUGAUUGAAAAUCCACAAGUAAGGUUGAUUGUCUCAAAUCGGUUGAAUCCAGCCACUUUGUUGCCAGGAGACAUCAAUAUGGAACAUGAUUGCUUGCAAGUGUUGGAGAGUGUUUAUUCUAGCAGGCAUGAUUUGUCGGACAUCCCUAUGCAGACAGCUCAACUCAAUUGGUAUACAGAUGGGUCCAGCUAUAUGCAUGAGGGAAAAAGAGUUUCAGGCUAUGCUAUAGUAGAUGAUGAGAAAGUGGUGGAGAGUGGGCCUUUGGGCCCUGAACAUAGUGCACAAGUGGCUGAAUUGUGGGCAUUACUUAGAGCAUUGGAGAGAGCUGUGGGUGAAACUUUGAAUGUGUGGACAGACAGUAAAUAUGCUUUCCUAACUUUACAUGCACAUGGGGCUGUGUACAAAGAGAGGGGAUUUCGUGACUCAGCAGGAAAAUAUGUACAACAUGGACACCUCAUUCAACGCCUCCUUAAUGCAGUGCAGAUGCCAACUAAAGUUGCAGUGAUGCAUUGUAAGGGGCACCAGAGAGGAGUAGAUAAGGUGGCACAAGGGAAUAGGAGGGCAGAUUUGGAAGCUAGAAUUGCUGCUAGGAGAGGAGAGUCUACCAUAGAUCUCUCCAUACAUGUGGCCAUGGAUCUGGGAGUUAUACCCCCGACAAUCCGACCAACGUAUUCCCAGCAAGAAUGUGUUAAGGCAGUUACAGAUCUUAAGGCAACUCUUAAGGAUGGAUGGUAUGUGUUAUCGGAUGGGCGUAUCUUUGUUCCACAGUCCUCAGCUUGGGCUUUGGUUCAAUCGUCGCAUGAUGCAACCCAUAUGGGUAAAUUAGGGCUGGAGGAGGCAUGGGGGCGAGACUAUUACAUCAAUGGAGUGGCUGGUAUGGCAGCUCGAGUUGUCUCCCAAUGUGCUACCUGUGCCAAG